GCCGUGGGCGUUGAUCUGCGGCGGCCAGGGAGAUGUGCGAAGGGCCUGACGUCGGCCGCAGGUAGUGGGCUCCCGGGUCUGGGGGGCCCCGGCCUGGAGGGGUCCCUCGGAGGGCCUGGGAGGAGCAUCGCCCUCCCCGUUGGCCCGCCUCUCCCCCAGCGUGUCGACUGGUCCGUACUCUUCAAAGCUUUAGCUGUCGUUCUGGAGUGUCAGGCGCUCACUGACGUGGGCUCUUCCGAAGCUGCUACCAUGGCACCUAUCAAAAGGAUAUAGGAUCAUGGCAGCAGAUGAUGACAAUGGUGAUGGACCAAGUUUAUUUGAUAUCUUUUCUGCUUCUCCUCUUAAAAACAAUGAUGAAGGCUCAUUGGAUAUAUAUGCUGGGUUGGACAGUGCUGUUUCUGACAGUACUUCUAAAUCCUCUGUGCCAUUCAGAAACUGUUUAGAUUUAUAUGAAGAGAUCCUGACUGAAGAAGGAACUGCAAAGGAGGCAACAUACAAUGACUUACAGGUAGAAUAUGGAAAAUGUCAGCUGCAAAUGAAAGAGCUGAUGAAAAAGUUUAAGGAAAUACAGACACAGAACUUGAACUUAAAAAAUGAAAACCAGUCUCUUAAGAAGAAUAUUUCAGCACUUAUCAAAACUGCCAGAGUGGAAAUAAACCGUAAGGAUGAAGAAAUAAAUAAUCUUCACCAAAGAUUGUCUGAGUUUCCACAUUUUCGAAAUAACCAUAAAAUUCCACGGACAUCAGAUGUAGUUAGAACAAAAGAUCUAAGAUCCAGAUCUCCCCAUUUGGAUGAUUAUUCAAAGACUGAUCAUAGAGUUAAAAGUGAUGUUUCCAAAGAUGUGUAUCCUAAUACUUUACUGCCAAACCUGGAAAAGGAAGGGAAAUCAAAUUCUGAAGCACAAAAUCCUUUGCACUUGCCGGCAUGUAUUGAGAAACAUUGCCUCAAUGGUGUCUGGUCACAUUCUCCUUACCAAGUUGGUGAAGGUAACUCCAGUGAAAAUACUAGAAGAGGGCGGAAUGAUACUCGACAUAGCCAGUAUAGCAGAGGAACUGAUAGAGCACAAAAGGACUUAAAUAGUAGCUGUAAUGAUGCUGAACCAAAGAACAAAGAGACUAAUCCAAGACUACAAGGAAAUCCUGAAAAACAUGGAAAUGCUGAGGCAAAGACUGAAAGCAAAAAUUCAAAGUUUAAAAGUAGCACAGAUUGGGAUUAUAGAAGUGAGCGUACUACCUCUUCUUGGGAAAAAGAGUGUUUUAGAGAAAGGACACAUGCUCGAGUGGAAUCUCAAAAUGACAAAAGUCUAGAGAGACAAAGUGAAAGAUUGCAAAAUAUAAAUAGAAAAGAACUUCAUUCACAGGACAAAGCAGAAAGAAAAGGUGAUUCAAAACUUAAAACAGUAGCAAAAGACCAGGAGCACUGGAAAAGAUCUGAACGAGCAUCACUUCCUCAGUCUAAGAAUGAAAUAAAAUCUUAUAAUUCCAGUAAAUACCAUCCAGAAGAGAGAAGAGGAAGAGAAGACAGUAAAAGAGACAGAGGAAUAAGCAGUCAUGGCUUUCAGAAUGGAAGAUGUUCAUCUUCUCUUUCAAGCAGUAGAAGUAACAAGUACAUGCACUCCAAGGACGUCAGUGUUAUACAUCAGUGGGAACAUACUCCUUUCAAAGCAGAAAGGCAUAGAACUGAGGAUAAGAGGAAAAGAGAACGAGAAAACAGAGAAGAAAAUAGACAUAUGAGAAGUGACAAAAAAUCACCUACAGAACAUAUGCAAAAGACUAAUAAAGAAGCUAAGAAAACCACUGCUGAUUUAAAGAGACAGACUGAGCCACAAAAUGGUAAAGAUGAAGUCUCUAAUAAUGAAGCUUCUAAAGGAAGAGAUAUUAAAGAAUUUGCAACAAAAAGUGAGAAUGGACCAAAUGAGGCAAAAAAUAAAGACUUAAAGUUAAGCUUCAUGGAAAAACUGAACUUAACUCUUUCUCCUGCUAAAAAGCAGCCUGUUUGUCAUGAUAACCAGCAUCAAAUAGCUGAUGUUCCCAAGUCCAAUGGUGUGUCUGAUUCACCGUCGUUGGUGAAGACUAAAACAGUGGGAUGUGUUCCUUUUGCAAGUGAACACAGUACAGAGGAAAACAAAUCAAGGUUCUUAGAACCAAAGGAUACUCAUCCAGCAACAUCUCAACUCAGGAUUGAUGUUCCAGAAAACGAAAUGAAAGAUGAAACUAGUUUGUUGGUUAAAUCUGUUGAGGACACUACACCUUGUGAAGUGCUCAUUUGUGGUGCAGAGCUUUCCUUCCCAGCACCUGUGGAAAGAGAGCAACCAAGAUCCAUGUUUCCAUCAACAGAAGUAGAGGAUUCCAGUGAUGUCGUAAGGGCAGCAGCUUCUGUGGUGCUGGAUGUAUUACCAACCCAUGUUUCUGAAAAUGUUGGCUUAGAAUUGGACACCAAAAGGCAGUGUGGAUUGAAUUCUUGUGAUGUUUCUGAAGGUGUGGAAAUGAAGGUGAUUCUUUCACCAAAAGUGACUCAAACCAGUGAAAGCCUCCUGCAGCCUUUGGUUGAAGAACCUGGCAUUUUAGUAAACCUUUCAGAAGACAGUAAUCCCAAAUUUGAGCCUUCUCUUGUAGAGACACCUAUGGUUGAGAAUAAAUCUUGUCAUUUGGAGCCUAAAGAAACUCUUGUAUCUUCACUGCAGCAGACUGAGUUGAUAGACCACACCAUAGAAACUGGGGAAACAAACUCAAUAUAUCAUGAUGAUGAUAACUCGGUUUUGAGCAUUGACCUUAAUCAGCUGAGGCCUAUUCCAGAAGCUAUCAGUCCUCUGAGUAGUCCAGUGAGACCUGUAGCAAAAGUUCUUAGAAUGGAAGGCCCAUCUGCAAUUCCACUGUAUAAUAAUAGCCAUAAAGAUGAAUUUCUGUCAAAUUCAGCUCAUUCUACCUCCAAGAAUCAGUCUGAUCUCAAUAAAGAAAAUCAAAAGCCAGUCCCCAAGUUUGAGAAAUGUUCGGAAGUAGAUUCUUGUAAGAAUUCAUCUUUAGAUGAAUUAGAAGAAGGGGAAAUUAGAAGUGACAGUGAAGAAUCUAUAUCACAAAAACAUUUUGAAAAAAGUGCCAAACCUAGAGCUUCUGAAGUGCAGAAGAGUAAGGCUAAUCCAGGAGACAGGAAAAAUACUGUGCGUUUACAUACAGACCACAGGAGACCUUCUGUGAAAACCCAUCAGGACAACAGCAGGUGGAAUAAAAGACCAAAUGAGUCUGGUAGAUCUUCAAAGGCAGAAAGGAAAAAUAAAACAAUGAGCAUUUCUAGCUUGGAAAAAAUACUUCCAAUUAUUCUUGUACCCUCUUCCGUAUGGGAGAUUAUGCAUAUGUUACGGAUGAUAGGAAACCAUGUAAGGAAAAAUUAUAUGAAAUUCAAGAUAAAAUUUUCAUUGAUACAAUUUCAUAGAAUUAUCGAGUCAGCAAUUUUGAGUUUUACUUCACUAAUUAAAUACCUUGACUUAUCCAAGAUCUGUAAGUCAGUGACUGCAUUACAGAAGAGUCUCUGUGAAGUUAUAGAAUCUAACCUUAAGCAAGUUAAGAAGAAUGGCAUAGUUGAUCGUUUAUUUGAACAGCAGCAACCAGAUAUGAAAAAAAAGUUGUGGAAGUUUGUAGAUGAACAACUUGAUUAUUUGUUUGAAAAGCUUAAGAAAAUCUUAGUAAAGUUUUGUGAUUCUAUAAACUUUGGAAAUGACAAUAGUGAAGGAAAACUUGGGAAAAAAUAUAAAGAGAGGCCACACUAUUCAAACUGUCAGAAAAGGAAUGUGGAGAAUAACAAAGAAAUGCAGAGAGAGAAACUGCUAAAAUCAGAAGACACUGUAAAUUUUACUUCUUCACUGGGAUGUGGAAAAGCUGAAGGAAAACUUCAAGACCAAAAUAACAGCAGUACUAACACAGUAAAGGAGGACAUUAAAAAAAGUUUCAACUCUUGUUUUGAUAAUACAAAGAAUUCUGAAUCUAAAGAGCAGUCCCUGGAAAUAAAUUGUCCAAGCACCCCUACACCAGGAAAAAAUGAAGGAAAUACAAUAGAGGACACACAGACUUUACAGCAUGCAGUCUUGAAACCAGAACGUAGUUUUGAAAUUCUUACUGAACAACAAGCAUCUAGCCUCACUUUUAAUUUAGUGAGUGAUGCACAGAUGGGUGAAAUAUUUAAAAGUUUGUUACAAGGUUCUGAUCUUUUGGACAAUAGUGUUACCUGUACUGAAAAAACGGAGUGGGAAUUAAAGACACCAGAGAAACAGCUGCUUGAGAGUGAAUCUGUACCAGCUUGUACAACAGAAGAACUGGUUUCAGAAGUGACUUCUCCGUGUCCUAAAGUGAUUAGUGAUGAUAAUUGGUCAUUGUUAUCAUCUGAUAAAGGGCCAUCUCUGUCUUCAGGGCUUUCAUUGCCAGUUCAUCCUGAUGUGUUAGAUGAAAAUUGUAUGUUUGAAGUGUCUUCCAACAUGGCUUUAAGUAAAGAUAAUGUAUACAGUUCAGAAAAGAACAAGCCCUGCAUUUCUUCCAUACUCUUAGAGGAUCUUGCAGUCUCUCUGACAGUACCAUCACCCCUGAAGUCAGAUGGUCAUCUUAGUUUCUUAAAGCCCGAAGUUUCAUCAAAUUCAACCCCCGAAGAAGUUAUUAGUGCACAUUUUAGUGAAGAUGCUUUACUUGAGGAAGAGGAUGCAUCUGAGCAAGAUAUCCAUUUAGCUCUGGAAUCUGAUAAUUCAAGCAGUAAGUCAAGUUGUUCGUCAUGGACAAGCCGAUCUGUUGCUCCAGGCUUUCAAUACCAUCCUAAUCUGCCUAUGCAUGCUGUCAUAAUGGAAAAGUCCAAUGAUCAUUUCAUUGUGAAAAUACGGCGUGCAGCACCAUCUACCUCCCCUGGUCUUAAACACAGUAUGACAGCUGAGGAGUCAUUGACCUCUUUGCCUGGAGUUGGAAAGGAAGCUGAUGAAGAAGUAGAAAAAGAACCUGUUUCCUGUCAGAGCACAGUUUUAAAAUCUGUGGAGGACCUGGAUAAUUCCAACAAAAACGUUGAAAACAGCAAGUCAACUCAUGAAGAAAAGAAUUCUGUAAUACAAACACAAGUUCCAUAUAUAUAUGAAUUUCUUAAAGAUGCUUCAAGUAAGGUGGACCAUUGUGAUGAAGUGUCUGGUGAUUGUUUCAAAUUGCAUCAAGUAUGGGAACCAAAAGUUCCUGAAAAUCUUGAAUUGCCUUCAAUGGAAAAAAUCCCACACUCUGUUGAGGAUCACCUUCCUAACACAUAUAUAGACUUAACAAAAGAUCCAGUCACUGAGACCAAACACUUGGGAGAACUCAUAGAAGUAACAGUUUUAAAUAUUGAUCAUUUGGAGCGUUCUAGAACCAACUUAGAUCAAACUGCUCAAAUAUUAGGUAAUUCUUUACAGCCUGAUACUAUAGAUGCUUUUAUUGAUUUGACACAUGAUGCUUCAAGUGAGAGUAAAAAUGGAGGUAGUGAUCCUGUGUUAGCCAUUGAAGGCUUGGAAUGCCAGGUAAUAUGUGUGGAUGAAGAUAACCUUAAGGAAGAAAAGAUGCAAAGGGCAAACAGUCCUUUAGAAUGCAUGGGUGAGGAAACUUGUAUUGAUUUGACCCCAGAGUCUCCUGGUUCAUGUGAAGUAAAAAGAGAGGCUUUAAAAUCAGAGCCACCAUCAAAUUUGGAUUGUUUAGAGUUGCCUGGGACUUUGGAUAAUGUUCACAAAAAGAGAAAAAACUGUUCUGAGCUUAAUCAUUUUUCUCAGAAAAAACAAAAAAAGGAAACAGACUUAACCAGUAGUGAAAAGAACAAGAAACUUAGUCAGGAUUCUGAUAAAAAUGGUGAGGCUCAGAGAAAGAAAGCCAAUAAGAAAAGGGAGCCUACAGUGAAUGAAGCUCCCUUGUCAUUGGAGACAAGCCUAGGGGUGAAGGAUUCAGCAGCAGCACCUGCCACUUUUCCAACAAGCCUUUCUGCAAAGAAUGUUAUCAAAAAGAAAGGAGAGAUUGUAGUUUCAUGGACAAGAAAUGAUGACCGGGAAAUUUUACUAGAGUGUCAGAAAAGAAUGCCAUCCCUGAAAACAUUUACAUAUUUAGCUAUCAAGUUGAAUAAAAAUCCAAAUCAGGUUUCAGAGAGAUUCCAGCAGCUAAAGAAGCUCUUUGAGAAGUCAAAAUGCAGAUAAGUUGCUGGAUUCCAUGGAGUUUCAUUGAUACAUCAUUCUGCACAGAAACUUUGAUUCCUCAUGUUUUAGAUGGGGAUCUAGAAGGAAUUUUGUCUCGUUUUUUAGUAGAUAGUAAUCUGUAUUUUCUUACUCAUCUGGUCAGCAUUCUGAGUGUGUUGGGGUCAAUAAUCUGAUUAGCUUUCCUGUUACUCAUCAAAAUAUUUAUUUUUAAACAUUAGAUACUGUCAAAAUAAGCCGGGUGUUGGUGGCACAUGCCUUUAAUCCCAGCACUCAGGAGGCAGAGGCAGGCAGAUCUCUGAGCUACAUAGUUCCAGGCCAGCUGGGGCUACAAGGGAGACCCUGUCUCAGACCAAAAAAAGAAAAGAAAAAAGAAAGAAUACAAGUAAUAUGGAUAUAAUAUUGGAACCUUAGUUUUGGUAUUUCAAUAAAAUAACUUCUAGAUUUUUAAAAAAUAGUUUUGUAAGCUGGGUGUGGUGGUGCAUGCCUGUAGUCCCAGCACUUGGGAGGCAGAGGCAGGCGGAUCUGUGUGAGUUCAAGGCCAGCCUGGUCUACAUGGUGAGCUCCAGGCCAGCUGGGGCUACAGGGAAACCCUGUUUCAAAAAAAAAAAUAGUUUUGUAGCAUUUUAAAUGUAAUGACUAUUUGGUUAACCUUUUCUUUCAUUUUUAUUUGUUUUGAUAAUUGCCUCAUUUUGGAAAACUGUAAGAUAAUUUAAAUCGUAUACUUGUAAAUAUGUGUAAUUAUAUUGAUGUAAAAUACUGUGAGUGUAUGUGUCUGUAUGUACACACAUAAAUCGCUUUGCUAGCCAAGGAUAUUUUUAUCUGUAUAAAAUAUUUUGUAUAAAGUUUGCUGUCAAUAAGUCAUGUAUAAUAAAAACAUGUAAAGUUCUGUUUUAUUUUUA